CUUUUACUAUUUUUGGUGCAUUUAGCCUCUUUGCUGACAAUGUGCCUCUUAUACAAAUGGCGCGAGGGUCCCUCAUAUCGAAAGACCAAUCGCAUAGAUGGUAAAGUGGUUAUAGUCACCGGCUGUAAUACAGGCAUAGGCAAAGAAAUAGCCUUGGAAUUGGCCAAAAGGGGAGGUCGAGUUUAUAUGGCUUGCCGUGACGAGCAAAAAUGUGAAAAAGCUCGUCAAGAACUCAUCGAGUUAACGGGUAACACAAAUGUCUUCAAUCGUACUCUAAAUUUGGCCUCUUUACAGUCGGUGCGUGAUUUUGUGGCCAAAUUCAAGGAGGAGGAAAAUCGUUUGGAUAUUCUUAUCAAUAAUGCCGGCAUUAUGGGCACUCCCUAUCAAUUAACAGAGGAUGGCUAUGAGCAACAGUUUGCUGUCAAUCAUUUGGGUCACUUUCUGCUCACUAAUUUACUGUUGGAUAUGCUAAAGGCUUCGGCACCCAGUCGCAUAGUGGUGGUUAGUUCAGUGGCCUAUCGUGUGGGCCAAAUACAGAAGGAUGAUAUUAACAGUGAGAAAAGCUAUGGCUUUUUUAAGGCCUAUGGUCAAAGUAAAUUGGCCAAUAUUUUAUUUACCCGAAAAUUAGCUGCAAUGCUAAAGAACUCAAAUGACAAAGUUGAUGUUAAUUGCUUACACCCGGGCUCUGUGCAAAGUGAAAUAACUCGCAAUAAUACAUUUAUGAGCAUUGUCAAUGCCAUAGGCUCUAAAUUGGUUCUGCGUUCAACUAAAGGUGGUGCCCAAACUGCCAUAUAUUUGGCUUUAGAUCCUGAUUUGGAGGGAGCAUCGGGAGGUUAUUAUGAUAACAUGACCUUGACGGCGCUGCAAAAGAAGGCCCAAGAUGAUAAAAUGGCUGAUUGGUUGUGGAAAAAGAGUGAAGAAAUGGUGGGUUUAAAGGAAAAUAUCACAGAGAAGAAUAAAGCGUAA